AUGUUCGUGGCAUGCAGCGUCGCGGUGGACCGUAAGGAUCUCAUCCACGAUGUCUCCUUCAACUUCCUAGGGCGGCGCAUGGCCACCUGCUCCAGCGACCAGAGUGUGAAGGUCUGGGAUAAAAGCGAAAGUGGAGAUUGGCAUUGUAGCUGGAAGACUCAUGGUGGAUCUGUGUGGCGAGUGAUGUGGGCCCACCCAGAAUUUGGCCAGGUCUUGGCUUCCUGUUCUUUUGAACGAACAGCUGCUGUGUGGGAAGAAAUUGUUGGAGAAUCAAAUGAUAAGCUGCGAGGACAGAGUCACUGGGUGAAGAGGACAACGCUGGUGGAUAGCAGAACAUCUGUUACUGAUGUGAAGUUUGCUCCCAAGCACAUGGGCCUCAUGUUGGCCACCUGCUCAGCGGACGGGAUAGUCAGAAUCUACGAGGCACCCGACAUCAUGCACCUCAGUCAGUGGUCCCGACAGCAUGAGAUCUCUUGUAAACUAAGCUGCAGCUGCAUUUCUUGGAACCCUUCAACCCCUCGUGCUCAUGCACUCAUGAUCGCUGUUGGAAGUGAUGACAGUAGCCCAAACGCUAUGGCCAAGGUCCAGAUUUUUGAAUACAAUGAAAACACGAGGAAAUAUGCAAAAGCUGAGACUCUCCUGACAGUCACUGACCCAGUUCAUGACAUUGCUUUUGCGCCAAACUUGGGACGGUCUUUCCAGACAUUGGCAGUUGCAACCAAAGAUGUGAGAACUUUCACAUUAAAGCCCAUGAGGAAAGAACUUACUUCCUCAGAUGGGCCAACAAAAUUUGAAAUCCAUAUUGUGGCUCAAUUUGAUAACCACAACUCCCAGGUCUGGCGAGUGAGUUGGAACAUAACAGGAACAGUGUUAGGAUCUUCAGGAGACGAUGGUUGUGUCAGACUGUGGAAAGCUAAUUACAUGGACAAUGGGAAGUGCCCUGGGAUUCUGAAAGGUAACGGGAGCCCAGUCAGCGGGAGCUCUCAGCAGGGAAACCCAAGUCCUUCCCUAGGUUCAAACUUUCCAAACCUUCACAGCUUGUUGAAGGGAUCUUCCGCUGGCAGAAAGCUCAGCUGA